UCCAUAUUCUAGUGGUUGGGAGCAAAGGUAUUCAAGCCAUAAGCUUGAAUAAUUAAUUCAAAAGUAAUGGAGAUCGAUUGGAAGUUGUAUCUUCAAGACAUUUACAUUUAUAGACCAUACUGAUGUUUUGUGUUCCAUUCAAAUUAUUCCUUAUAUUCUGUUUUCCUGGUCUUAAAAAGCAUAACAUCUACCUUCAUAAAACCUGCAGAAACUCUCUAUAAUAUUUGUGUUCAAGCUGUAAUUAACCAUGUAAUCCAUGACAAAUGCCUUACUGAUCUUAGGAGAAACCGCUUCAAAAGAACGAUUGGUUGCAUAUGGUGUGUAUGUCAUCGUUUCAUUGGCUGAACAGGUGCACUAUUGCACCCAGUUUCAUAUGACUGCACCUGCUCUCGCCCUACCUGUUUGACCUGACUUGAGCGCACCUAAAGUCACGCCCACUUCCCCCAGGUCAGCCACUGCAUAGAGAGGGGGAACUUACAUUCUUAGGUUUCCUUGGAAUUGGUUGGGAUUUUGACUCAUGCAGCACUAGCACUAACAUCGAUUAGUGAAGGAAGAUCUGCUUACAGGAGAGACAAUAUGGGGUCUGAUGAGGCCUACAACUUUGUUUUCAAAGUGGUUCUUAUUGGAGAAUCUGGCGUUGGCAAGAGCAACUUGCUGUCACGGUUCACCAAGAAUGAGUUUAAUCAUGACAGCCGGACGACCAUCGGAGUGGAGUUCAGCACAAGAACUGUGCAGCUAAACGGUCUCACCAUCAAAGCUCAGAUCUGGGACACUGCCGGACUGGAGCGGUACCGGGCCAUCACUUCUGCAUAUUAUCGAGGAGCGGUUGGAGCUCUACUAGUCUAUGACAUUUCAAAGCACUUGACGUAUGAAAGUGUCGAGCGCUGGCUGAAGGAGCUCUACGAUCACGCAGAUCCUCAUAUCAUAGUGAUGCUUGUGGGCAACAAAACGGACCUGUCAGCAGUACGAUCUGUUCCAACAGCGGACGCAAAGGACUUUGCAGAAAAUAAUGAUCUUCUGUUCAUGGAAACCUCUGCUUUGGAGUCAGUAAACGUCGAGGCAGCGUUCAACACUGUGCUUACAGAAAUCCAUAAAAAGGUGAGCAGCAAAGAAGUGACCCGAGGCUCUAUCAAUGCGGUGACAUUAUCCCAGCCUAAAGCUCCAGCAGAAGACGCACAGGAGGAAAAGCAGGCCUGCUGUAAGAACCUGUGAAAGAACAUAUCGAAUAGAAGGACCUUAUGAGGGUCCUAAUGGAGUUGUGAAUUCAGCUUGUACAGUAGAGUUAUCAUUGAGAAAGAGUAUGAUAAAAAACGAAAGGAAAUCCAUUUCAUUGACUGACAGCCGUAUUUGUAUUGUUAAAUAUUAUGUAAGGCAUUUUAAUGUUUGUCAGGUUUGACAAGGAUUAAUGUCAAUUUUAAUGAAUUUAAAUGUUAAAUGUUCCCUCUCAGUAAGAGAUUUUUGUUUGUAUUAUUUAUGAAAUGUCAUGCCAAACCUUUCUUUCUUUCUUUUUUGAAUAUACUUGCAUAUAUUCACUUAACAUCAUUUUUUAUCCAAAGAGACUUACAAAUGAGGAAUACGACAAGCUUUUCAUCUUACUCAAGUUAUUAAGAUCAAUAGAUGCUGGACAAAUAACCUUAUCACUUUAAUUAGCGUAAGAUUGAGGAAAGAACAUAUUUUUUGAUUUACUUGUUCAUCCAGACUGUUUAGUUUUUAAUUUGAUUUAUUCAACUCGCCUAAUGAAGAUAAUUGAAAACACACACACACGUGGUAAAGAUUUUUUUAUUAUUAUUUAAGACUAAUCAGCACGAAUUUCAUAUGUUGUGCUAUUAAAAUCUACAUAAAAACGAUUUAUAAGCAAAGUGUUGAUUUGUAUCUUUAUAAACGAAUGCUGAUGCUGCAGGUAUUAGGGUAGAGGGAGGAAAUGCCCCCCUACUCUUUUUCCCAAAAUAACCAUAAAUCAAGAUACAUUUUUGUUGUAAAUAUGGGCUACAUUGACAAGAGUGAUGUAUAAAUAUUCAGCAUGAAGCUUACACUGGUGAUCAUGAACUUGAGAGAAAACGGAUUUCACAAGUGUUUUAAAGCUUGUUGUUUUGUAGAACAUCACAGUUAUAUAUGAUAUGAGAAUAGUAAGGCCUGUAGAUAGGGAGUAUGUCUUAUUUAACAAAACUAUAAUUAUAUUUUCAGAUUGACAAAAACAUUUUUCAAACCUAAUCUGUGGGCAUUGCUGAAUUACUGUUAGUUACUCUGUCCUGAACAUCAAAUCCUUUGUUUCCCCAUCAAAUGUUUUCUAACUAGUUGGUUGGAUUAAAUGAUAUGGACUUUAUAUUUAAAAAUGAUCUCAAGUUAGCAUCAGGUAGCUAACCAGUUAGCAUUAGCUAACAAUAUUUGUAGGCUAUUAUAAUUUUGUAAUUCAUAAUUAUUUGAUUAUAUUAUUUUGAAAGAAUAAUGCAUGUACUCUGAUUUAGCUGUAAAUGUGUAAACCAAAUUGCUUUGUCAGACUGGGGGGAUUUUAAACCCCCUCUCCCCCAAACUGUGGGGCAAAACACCCCCCUUGGGACAAAAUACAUUUUUGUAAAAAAUCGAAUAACAUGAAAAAUCCGGACAUUUUUCAUACUUGGUUUAUAAUUUAUGCCAUUGUCACUAAAAUGAUGAGAACUCUUCUGGACACAUUUAACUUUUGUUUCACAGAGAAAAAUUACACUGCAUCUACUACCCUAUCAGUUGCUGCUGUUAACACAAUAAAGAAAUAUACAGAGCAUGUCAUUUUCCAAUAAGAAUUAAAGCAGAACUAUGUGUGAAAAAUAUCUGAAUUGGGUUUUUUUUCACAGUGAGUCUCAAGUGCAGUUUGCAAACAACACCAACAAAAAAGGGAAAUAAAUCUGAUUACUCACAAAAGUUUGAAAAUGCACACUGA